AUGGAGACGCACACCAAGCACAGUGGGAUCAGCCUGGCUGUGUGGCAUUGCACAGGUGCUGGCCUGACUGUGGGACCGACCUCUCAGGACAAUGACGGCGGGCCGGGCGCCUCCCCGCGCGAGGAAGUCCCGGCCCCGCGCUUUGGGGAAGUGCAGCCGAGGCGCCUGCGCACUGCACCCUGCGGCCCCCUCCCCGACGAUCCUGCCGGACCUCGGGGCGCGCGGGCCAGCAGCGGCGGCGCGAGCGGCUCNCUGCCCCUCCCGGCCCGGGGCCCGGGGGCCGUACGGGGCGGGAGCCUCGGGAGCUGGCGCCCAGAUCCGCACCCCAAGGACUCCAGCCGCGGGGUCCACGUGGACCCUGGGCCGCGGCGGGACUGGAGCCAGUCCCCCGCGCGUGGGGGAGGGGGCGCUGCAACCCGGUUCCCCUUUUUCUCCAGCUCAAAGCCUGGGGAAGUGAUUGCUCAAAGGGGGGGCCCGGAAGAACCCAGGUUUCCGCGUCUCCCGCCCCCCCCCAGCCUGGUGGGGAGGGGCCGAGGCGGGACACCCUGUCCGCCCCCGCUCCUACCCCCUUGGAUCUGGCAGCCACUCGCCCUGCAAGGCGCAGGGGAGGCGCUGCGCCCCCGGCCCCAGCUGAUCGGGGGCUCCCGGCGCCGGCCUCCCUCCAGAACGCCGCAGGAGUACCUCCUGCCGUCUGACUCGAGUCCCUGCUGCUGCAGUGCACGCCCCUUCGGCAGCCAGGGUGGGGCCCAGAGGGAACCUGGCCCCUCCCGCCCCCACCUCGCCUUUGGGUCGAUGACUCCCAGGCUGUGGUGAGGGUCCCGGAGCCAGCACCACGGAGCCCGGGCGACCUCCUCCACCCACCCAUGCCCACCCCGCAUGAGACUGAGAAGCAGGUGCACCACCUCCACCCCUGCCUCUGCCCCCCUGUGGGAACGGGGGUGGGGGGGGGACGA